UGGUAACAAGCUAAGGAAUCUGGUCACAUUCCUCUAAUCCAAAGAACCGGCGCAAAAAAGGGUCUGUCCAUGUGCUCUUGCCCUUCAACCUCUCCUAUAUAUUCAUUAUCUUCCCUGUGUCCGAACACCAUUCUUGAUACUUUCAUACAUUUAUUUCUGGGGGAAAAAAAAGGGAGGAGAAAGCAAAUGGGAAAUUGCUUGGUGAGUAACAAAGUCAUUGCUCAAGAUAUUGCGGAUGAGGUUUUGCAAUCCAAGUUGGAGCCGGCAAUACGAGUAGAUGGAGGCAAGAACAAGAACGAGAAGAUAAAGAAGAGCGUGAGCUUCAAACUGAAGGAAGACGGUGAUGAAGUCGUCAGAGAGAACCGACCCCGUCACGGUGAUUCCCGCGAAAGCGGGGUCCUGAGAGUGAGAGUGCUGGUGACAAAGGAGGAACUGAGGCAAAUACUCAAGCACACCCAAGAUCACAAGUUUUCAUCUGUGGAGCAACUGCUGAAUGCGUUGCAGCUGAGAAACAGAAGCAUAUCGGAAGUGAGAAUAGGCGACAGAAGGUUCGACGGCAACAACCGGAGGCCGCGUUUGGAGAGCAUUCCGGAGGGUCGUUGAAGUUUUAACUUGUCAGUGUUUAUUUCGCAAGCAGCUAACAUGUCUUGCUCCUGUGUCUCUGUGAUCCAAGCCGUGCCUAGGCUAGCUAUGUCGUCUCCCAAGUUAGUUCUUAGUCUAGGAAUGACAGAAACAGAACCAUGGAAACACUCGAAUUAGUCUGUGAGUUGGCGCUUUGUACAACCGCUAAGGCUAAUCAAUGACUAGUCGAUUGAUUCAACCCUGGUCUUUGUUGAUAUGUUCCUCUUGUUUCGAUGCUGUUCGUGACUUCUGCAGCACCGGCUGUAAUGCACUAUUAAUUUGAUUUGCUAGGAUAUGUAUUGUAUUAGUCCAUGUGAACGUAAAAGCAAUUGAAGUAUAUGGUAGUUCAA